CAGUCCAUGUGUUGAUGAUUCUUUAUCUUGUUUCACCAAUUCAGACGGUGAACAAUUUACAAAUCAUCUUUACGGACCAAACCUACCACAUUGAAAUAGGAGCGGAAGUUCGUUUAACAUGUGUUGUGAUUGGUGGAAACAACCCUCACGUGACAUGGAUAUCACCGAAAGGUCAAUUGCCUCCAAACACAAUGACCGAGCACAACGGUCAAACUUUGAUCAUUUCCGGGUUUGACACGGCGGACAUUGGUCAGUACAUAUGCGUCGCCUCAGAUGGCUUACAGUUUGCUAAUCACGUGUUUACCGUGGCUCUGUCGAGCACAACAACAAUAAAGCAUACAACCGAGGAAACAUCAACAUCAACAAAACAUGGUGUUUGCAACAUUGCUAGAGAAAACCACAAGUGA